CCUCUUGCUCUGUAACAGACACUGCAGGAAGACGCUCCCCUGUAUACAGGAAGUGCUAAACGACUAAUUGGCUAGUUCGAGGUGAAAAUCUGUAUGGAUUUGAAAGAAAUAGGUAGUUAGUAACCCGGCUCCUAUUUAUGUAGAGAAACAAACCACGGAAACUACACGCAAAAAAACCCAAGACGAUUACCAACAACUCAAAAAUACAUCGACCCAGGACUUAAUGGAAUAAUAGUGAGAAAAAUACAACUAGCUUUGGAAUGUGCCAAACCUUAAAUAGAUACCAUAUGUGUCGCGCCUGUUGAUGGAGAUCUAAUUCGCUACUGUACUGGUCGAGACGGGUUUUUUGUACUUUUUUGUAUACGUUUUAGCUAUAAUGUUGCAUCUGACUAGGGCUCUUCUAGAUUUUCAAUAACGUGAGUGUAGCUGGUUGGAUCGCAUCAUCAUCCCACGGUCUCUAGCUGUUCAUGCCAUCUAGUCUACUGUAUGCUUGUUAGUUAGCCAUCUUAUCGCUAGCUGAAGCUAAUUAUAUAAUUGGUUUGCAGCGUAGCUCGACUCACUACCGCAACUAACCUAGCCUAGCACUACUGGGUCUAAGCAAUAAUCGUAGCUCUAGCUAGUCAAGAAAAAAUAUAUACACGCCUUCUGCUGGACUAGUUUAUUAUCAUUCACGUGGCUGGUCAUAACCUCCGUUAUCAAACGUUAUUUAACGGAGUUUAUGCAGCUGUCCCGCAGUGCACUGGACAGCCAAGAAAUGAUGUGCUUUCUUGGCUUUACACAUUAGCAACUUAAGUUGCCUGUUGACGAAGUUUGUAGCCGGGAUAAUCUUCAGUUUCUAACGAUAGCAGGUUAUGUUGAAGCAUUGGCUGCCUUAAGAAAUCAUUGAAUCAUUUCAAUGUUUCACUGAUUUUGUUUCAUAUUAGCAAGCAAGCUGGCCAGCUAGUUUUUACAGCUCCAGUUUGUGAUUAAACUCAGCCAGGAACAACGCACAUAGCCACCUGUUAGCGCGAGCCUGGGACAGGAGACAGUUAACGUUAGCUACUUCAGCUAGCUAGCUUUUUAACGAGUUAGCUGGUUGUUACUACCUGUCAGUGUGUGGAAUAGGACUAGGUUGUGUGGCAACUGCGGUGGAUUGAGUUCUACCGCUCUGCCUCAACGGGUCAACCCUUAGUUGCAAUCCUGCAGUUCAUGUUUCGACAAGAAGUCAGUGUAUUAUCUUUUAUUCCGUCUUGUUCGUACCUUUUCCAAUACGAGAAGAGGAAUAUGUCUAGAUACAACAUCUACAGUCUUUUAGACUGGGUUUAUGGUGGAGUGGACCCAAAGUUCGAAGGCAACGGGGGACCUGAAUGUGCCGCCUUCCUGGCACCUCAACAGCGUAUGAGCGAAAGUCUUGUCAUAGUCCUGAUUUCAAUCGUGGAGAUUCUCCUUGCACUAAGGAAAAUUAACGUUUCUAAAGACCACAAAUAUGUCGCGAAAGAUGGGACCAAGACAAGACAAGACAGUUUAGGAAAGAACCUUUUGCUGGUGGCUCUAUGUAUGACUUUUGGAGUAGAAGUUGGAUUCAAAUUCGCCACCAAGACUGUGAUAUACCUACUGAAUCCAUGCCAUGUCAUGACAAUGGUGCAGAUUUUCCUUCUGGCAUGCCCGCCAUGUAAAACAGCCAUGGUCAUCUUUAGGCUUCAGGUCCACAUGCUGAAUGGGGCGUUACUGGCUCUCGUCUUCCCUGUGGUCAACACCCGACUGCUGCCGUUUGAGAAAGAGAUCUAUUACAUCCAACACUCCAUGCUGUAUCUGGUCCCUGUUUACCUGUUCAGGAAAGGAGGCGUGUACAAGCCAGAGCCUCUGGGGGACAUGUGGUGGGCACUCCUCUCCACCGGCAUCCUGUUUCUCUAUCACUUCCUGUUCCUGCAAAGCCUGGGCCUGGUGACGGAGGUGAACCUGAACAACAUGCUAUGCCCGGCGGUGUCAGACCCGUUCUACGGCCCCUGGUACCGGGUGUGGGCCACAGGCCACCAGACCCUGCUGACUCUGGUCCACGGGAAGGUUCUGACCCUGCUGUCGCACCACACCGGCCCCACCUGCAGAUACAUGCUGGACACGGCCCGGCUACGCAGCAAGAAGGUCGACUGAAGACACAUGCCGUCAGACACCUGGGACACACACACACACACACACACACAGACACCUGGGACACACACACACACACACAGACACCUGGGACACACACACACACACACAGACACCUGGGACACACACACACAGACACCUGGGGGGGGGGGACACACAGAGACCUGGAACACACACUGCCUCACUGUACGCUGCCCUUUUUCUGCAGGUAACACACACACAUACUGUCGCUUUGAAUAGAAGCGUCUGUUAAGUGAAUACACACACUGCUCUAUGCUGCAGGUAACACAACACACACACACACUGAUAGAGCCUUUCACUCCAAACACCUGUUCUGAUGUUGGAAAAUGUUAUAUCAGCAUUCUUAAUGCACCAUGUUCUCCUUAUCAUAUUUGUUUUUACAAUGACAACAAAACACCUUUCAGGGUCAACUGAAACGGUGUCAUUCUAGUUAGCGUUCCAGCUGGCUUGCAUACGUGCUCACACAUAGUAAAGACUGCUUACGUGUUAGUGUGUGGAUAGCCAGAUGAAAAGAAAUUGCCUUUUUUCCAAGAAUUGUUUUCACAAAUUUAUAUUGUCUUAAGUUGCCUUUUGUUGAAGUUAUAUUUGUUUUACUCGAAAUUGGUCUAACCCAAAUGUCACAACUGUAUUAUCUUUGUAAUACUUUCACUUCUUAACUUUAGCUAGCCAUGCCAGUUGCCAUUAUAUGUUUGUAUCUCAAAGACAUCUCAGAUGGCUGUUAAUGUUAACAGCAUAAUUGUUCCGAGUCAUUACUUUGGGAUGUGAUGUCUAUUAGAAGCAAUGUUCAAGAAAUUGUGAGCAGUCUGUUACAACCUCAGGACCUUGGAAGGAGAACCUUUCACCGUGUAGCAAAGGUGGGCAGAGUUUUCCCGGAAGGCCGAGGGAAGCAGUUCAGAAACGGGAGACAUCAAAAGGGAACCUGUGCCCCUGUCUAGAACCUGCCCUCUCGGUGGAUAUCGCUAUUUAUUAACCCAAACUGAAGCAAGGGAGCAGAGGGGACAGUACCUUCCAGUACUUUCUCUUAGUCAUUUCAAAAUCGGUUCUCUGCUGAGAGACCCAUGGAUGUUAAAAGGGAUGUUUAAAGGAUAUGACCUACAGAUAAAUGUAGAUAGAAAUGUAACAAUGUAUAUAUCAUACUGACAUGAAACUCGGUUUUAUCAAAUCGUGAACUGGGCUUGUCAUUGUACUUUAAAUCUACAUUUGUAGCGUCUUGAUCAAUUUCAGUCUAAGUACUCCAUAUGUUAUACAAUCACAUACUGUAUGUUUAAUGUAUUGGAUAAACUGCUUCCAUUGAUAAAAGAGCUGACAGGGAUGUCUUUUUGGAACCCUGUUUUAAGGGAUGUAAUGAGCUCUCUGAUCAUUGGACGGCGAGGGAUUCUAUUGUUCGUCACUGAAUGAGAACAUGUUUCAAAAGAAAAUGAGAUGUUACGUUUUUGUACUUUUUACCAGGUUAAUGUGCACUUGUUCUGUAUAGAGAAUAAAAAGGUGUUUACUC